CGCAUGCGCAUACGAAGUAAAAGCAUACGGAUCAACAACAUACUCAGCGUUACCAGUGUCAAACUAUUGUCAAUAACCUUGAUGUUAGAAAGGUACCAGAUACUCAGAAGAAUACUGUUAGUGCUUCGCAGCAAAAACAGAAACACUAACUCUGCCUGAAACGACGCUAUAGCAAAGUGGAAGAAGAGAGAAGUGAAACCUCUAGCUGGAGCAGCUGGCUAACGUUGCACUUUUUGGAAGUCGCCCGAAACAGUUGACAGACUCGACGUGCUUGCUUCCUUCCUGUUGUUAGUGUGGCUAUUACAAUACCCAGCGACGAGAUACAAUGUAAGAAAUAUCGUGAAAGGAUACUCAAACCAAGGGUAGGUAACAACAGGAAGUAAACAAACCACCGGACUCCGUGAGUCUGUUCUACAUGAGUCUCUUGGCAGAAUGUCGCUGAGUUCAGGCGGUUGGACUCACACCCCUGGCUACCCACCGGACCAGUCCGCCGCCCUCCCCAGUCAUUAUGGGGCCUCGCAGUCACAACUUGGCUGCCAAACCGUCCUCAUGUCGGUUCGGGUGUCGGUAUGCCAUUCUGGUAUUCGGCCGCUGUGUCUUCCCGGAGCAGGUGAUGAGUCACUCCGCCUGCAGCUCAGUAUGGACCCGGGGAAAUCCGGGGAAUUCCGGCUGUCGCUCCAGGACAGCUUCGGGACUGGACGGAGUGUGACCAUCGCUGAAUUUGAUUUGAGGACGGUAAACUAUGAGGUGAAGUCACCAAAGUGCCACGAGCUGAGUUUGGCGACGCCUCCGCAUGACCGCAUCAGCUUCAACUUCCGCUGUGAGCAGGAGGCCCGGGAGUGGGCUACAGUGGUGAUGUCCUCGUUGAGGGAAGCACAAAGAGUAGCCCCUCAAGAUGAUGGUCCACAGCUCCCGCGGGAUGGUCAGAACACCUUGGCUUUGCAACAGACAGAGGAAGCCUGCAUAGAGCUGACCCGAGCCAUAGAAGCAGGUGACAUGCAGUCUGCGUCUGUCUUUGCUGCCACACUCGCCCGACAAAAUGCCACACUCAAGAUUUGUCCCUCUGCCAGAGACUAUGAAGACAGUGAAAUCAACUUGGCUGUUGCAGUUGAGGAUUGUUCUUCGUCCUGUUGUGUCACUGUGAAAGUCUACCCACAUAUGACUACCGCAGCACUGAAACAGCAGAUGUUUCUUGAGUAUGGCUUUCACCCGCGGGUGCAGCGCUGGGUGAUUGGCCAAUGUCUGUGCACCGACCAGCGCUCUCUGGCCUCAUAUGGGGUUCGUCAGGACAGUGACACAGCCUUCUUGUACCUCCUGUCAGCCCGUCAUGCUCGUUUGACCCACCAAGUCCUCCAGCAGGACCAGGAGAGUGCCCUCCUCCUUAGUCCUCCAUCUCUGUCUCUCCCCAUUCCUCCCCUCCCUGCUACCUCUGCAAAUGGCCCCUCAUCUCUGGGCCGGAGGGCUUACACCACCCUGCCUCCUAGACUCCAUACCAGCAGCAACACUGAGAGAAGAAACAUCAAUGAGAUCAGAGAUCUCAUCAACCUAGAGAUGCCUCAACUCAAUGAAGCACUAAGCCCCAACACAGCCUCCACCCAGGGUUGGUCGUGCCCUUCUUGCACUUACAUUAAUAAACCAACACGGCCGGGCUGUGAGAUCUGCAGUACAAACCGCCCUGAGAACUACGUCAUCCCGGGGGGAUACCGACCUGAUGCACUGGAACUCAGACGUAUCCAGCAGGAGAAGGAGGCUAUCAGACAGUACCAGCAGGCAAGGGAAGAGGAGCGUAGGGAGAAUUUUGCCCGGCUAGUGAUGAUGGAUGGACAGGACCUGCUGCCUAACCCAGAGCCUGUGGACUGUAGGAUCUGUUACGUGGACCUGCAGCCUAGAGAGGGGGUCCUACUCAGGGAGUGUCUCCACUGCUUCUGCAGAGAGUGCUUACGUUCAGUCAUCAUGCUGAGUGAGGAGCCAGAGGUGGCCUGUCCUUACAGAGAUGACACAUACUCCUGUUCCUGCUCCCUGCAGGAGAGGGAGAUCAGAGCUUUGGUGCCAGCAGAGGAGUAUGAGCGCUGGCUGCAAAGAGGCCUGUCAGUGGCAGAGUCUCGAUGUGAGGGCAGCUACCACUGUGCCACCCCAGACUGUCUUGGCUGGUGUGUGUACGAGGACACAGUCAAUGUCUUCCACUGCCCCGUCUGCAGGAAACACAACUGUCUGAUUUGCAAGUCUAUCCAUGAGGGAAUGAACUGUAAGCAAUACCAGGAUGACCUUGCAGCCCGCGCUAUAAAUGACUCUGCUGCUAGAAGGACAACACAUCUACUCAAGACUCUUGUGCAGUCAGGCGAGGCAAUGCACUGUCCCCAGUGUGGCAUCAUUGUGCAGAAAAGGGAUGGCUGUGAUUGGCUACGCUGCACUGUCUGUCACACUGAGAUCUGCUGGGUAACCAGAGGACCCCGCUGGGGACCUAGGGGUCCUGGAGACACCAGCGGAGGAUGUCGCUGCAAUGUCAACAAUCAGAAAUGCCAUCCCAAAUGCCAAAACUGCCACUGAGAAUCUCAAGAGUGGUCAGUUUGUAGAAGGGAAUGAAAGAGUCAAACGGAAACAAAAUAUUCUCUAAAAUAGAAAAAAAGAAGAUUAAGGUGAAUAAAAGAUUUAAGUCGAAACUGCAGGAUUGUUACAUACAAUGCAUCUUGCUUGUUAUAACUGGAAAGACAUUCUCAAUUUUUUCUCAGCAAAUUUCUAACCAUCACUUGUUUCCCUUGGCUUUUCAGUGCCAUAAGAAUAACAUAAAUUAUACGUUUUAAAUUAUACGGCGCUUAGCUCUGCCUCUCACAAACAUUAAGAUGCAGGCCGUAUGAUUUGAAGUCAGCGUUAUAACAGUAUAAAUGAAGUUAUCACAUCUGACUGUAAUGAUGAGAAGUAUGGUUACAGGUAUGCAGGGAAAGAGUAUUAACUUCACAAUGAUUGCAAUGUACAUCUAGCAAUACAGGUGUGGUGUUUUCUGUUUUGGUAGUUACAUACCAGGAUGCAUUAAAUUAAACUGAAGCGGCCUUAUUAUUGUGCACAAAAGCUGUAGCAGGGUGUUUUAUGAUGACACUUUUUGUGUUCUUUUAUAUGCAAUUUUUCUGCAUUGAGAUAGAUCAAACAAGUGUAUGGAGUUAUACAUGGUAAUCAUUUUUGUGUCCGUGUGAAAGCCUGACUGCAUGUGCGCCUUUGUUACCAAAGAGGUCUAAAAUGUGUCUGAGUGUUAAUCUGAGUCUCGUGUUGUUUGAGACUGACUUGAGUAGAAGCAGGCUGUUUGCAUUCUGUUAAUGUCUCACAAGCUUCUGUAUUUGACAAGCGGUGCAGAGGUCACUGAGGUACUGCUGACCAGCUGUGUGUUACAUGAUGACGACAUCAUCAAUAAAUAGCAGAGGGAAUUGAUUAAUAGUCAGAUGUUAGAUGCAAUACUUGAAUACUUUCUGAGAAGGCACAUGUGAAUAUAUUUUGACGAUAAGCUCAUAUUCCUGUUUAAAUAUGAUACGGUGCAUAUGAUGAUGUUAGCCAGCAUAGGCUACUUAACAGCUUUUUUAAUAUGUGAAAGCUUUGUAACCAUGGAAAUAUUUUUGGAAUUCAUCUAUGCAUGAAUUUGUUAUUCUAAUACAUUAAUGGAAAUCAACAACGUAUCCUGUAUCCCCUUUACCAGGAUAAGAGCAUGUAGGCUCACCAACUGCACUCUCUGUUACCCAGACUGCCCUCGACUACACUACUGUCCCGCACUGACAAGCAAUUAUUAGGUCUUCACUGUUACUUGUGUUAAAAUAUCAGCUCUGUGUUGCUGAUUGUGCCUUAAAUAAAUACCCUUUAACCUCACA